AUGGGUAUUCCAGCAUUAUGGGACGUUCUAAAACCAGGUUUUGAUCAACGAAUCUCCAUAGAUCAACUAGUAGAUCAUUACCUAAACCAGUAUGACAGAACACCACGUAUAGCUGUGGAUGCUUAUAUGUUUAUCUAUGAAUCUGGAAAUAGCAACAUUGUUAAUGUUGAUGAUGUGGAGGGAAUCAUGAUUCUGAAUUUUAUGUCCAAGAUAUUAGCAUUGAUUAGUUUGAAUAUUUCGGUGAUUGUUGUCUUUGAUGGGACAUUGAAACCCAAGAAGACAAGAAAUGGAGACGUGCCUACAAAUGGGGCAGAUUAUGAACAGGAAAUAUCAAAAUUGGAGACGUGUACUAAUUUCGAUGAGAGGAACCCUAAGAUUUAUGAAUUAAAGAGAAUUCUAUUGGCGAAUAGGAUUGAUUAUGUUCAAGCUGCAGGCGAAGCAGAAGCACAAUGUGCAUUUUUACAGAAUUUGGGUAUAGUCGACUAUGUUAUAUCUAACGAUGUUGAUACCUUAGUAUUUGGUGCUACCAAGGUUUUACGAAACUUUAGUAGAAUAGAACAAGAAGAGUUUCAAUCACCUAAAAGGAGGAGUACUGCUAAAGCAGCAACAUCUUAUUAUGUAACCCCAGUAGAUAUGAGCAAAGUAGAGAAACUAACUGGAAUGACACGCGCUAGAUUAGUGUUUUUGGCUACCAUUAGAGGAGGUGAUUAUUCAACUGGUCUUGAUCGAAUUGGAAUUAAAAUGGCAACUUCCUUAGCAUUAUGUGGGACAAAGUUUUCAAAAUAUCAUACCAGAACGAUAUAUAAGCAAGAAAUCAAGGAACAAAAGAAGAAUGGAGGAAUUGUAGUUAUUCAAGAACCACCACCAGAUUUUGCCAAUGAAUUAAUUCGAUGUUUUGUUUCCGAAAACACUUGUUCAUUAAUCAAAUCAUGGGAACUGAGAAUUGAAUCUAGCAUACGACGAAAUAAACUAAAAGCAUUUUCACAUUCCCUUAACGAAAUUGUUCGUGAACAACCUCGUGAUGUAUUUGGAACUGCGCAUAAGUUUGAUUCCAACUUUAUCUUUGAUGAAUAUAUUACCAUGCUUUAUUUGUUUCCUUUAGUCAAUACAAAUUGUCAUAUAUUUCUUCCCAAUACUUUGAAUUUUGGUGAGUUUACCCUGGAUCCGAUUCUUAAGGUCCCGUCAAACGCAUUUUUCAAAACUAUUGUUGGCUCAGAAUGUGUAAGGCGACAGAGCAAUAUAGAAAAUCUAGAUUAUUUUCAAGAAUUGUUCUUUUCCAACACUACUCCUAUUGCGAUAAGUGAUAUUAUGAGUUGCGGGGAAUUACCCAAAUCCCCCGUGGAAAGUUUGCCAGUUCCCGAAACCUACCGUUUUAAUAUCAAACAUAUAAUCUGCCGAUUAAUUGCAAAUUAUGCAUUCGAUACCAAAUCCUCGUUCCUAAUCAAAAUUACUAAUAUCAAAGAUGAAGAUGGUAUGGAAAAAUGUAUGUUAAAAUAUGAUCUUAAAGCGGUCUGUGGAUUAUUCCCUCAAUCCAUCGAAGCUAAAAAGUUAAAUGAUCCAGAGUGUCAAUCUCCCAUCAAGGAAAAGGAAUUGCCAUAUAUAUGGAUCCCGAAAUCUAUUAUAUCGCAUUAUGCACCGAAAAUGAUUGAUUCAUUUAUCCGUUCAAGAGAAGAAUACGAAUAUACCAAGAAACAUAAAGCGUCUCCGCAAAAGAACAAACUUGACUCGUAUUUCACAAUAUCUCCCACCAAGCCUAUUGCGCCGCCGGUACUAAAGAAGGGAUCCAUCCCUUAUAGUAUAUCCAAAGGAUUACCCUCACCCAAGAGGAAGAAAUCAAGGCCAAUUCCUCCCGGACAGAAACAGCUUGAUUUUUUUAUCGCAAAAACUUCUGAAGUUAAGAAUAGAAAGAAGGAACUGGAGAAUCCGUUUUUGGAGAAACCUGAAGUUCCGAAAAUUAACUUGAUCAUGACGGCUCCUGAUUUGCGUCAUGUGGAACUGCCGAAGAAACAACAGAAAGUUAUCAAACCAAUCGAAGUUAUUGAAAUUGACAGUUGUUCUGAUUUAUCAGAGAUAAUUGAGUGA